AUGACCGUUGUUGUUUCUAUGUCUAUGUUUCUUUUUUUUAUUACAACAUCUAAUGUACUUGCACUUAUUACCAAUAUAAAACAGCCCCAUUACAUCACAGGUCUUAUUACUACGGACUACUUCUUCUCUUAAACCCUCAAAACCCUAGUAUUUUUUCUCAGCUUCUCUCGUCAAAUCUUGCUCAAGUGAGGAGAAGGUUUAUUUGAUAAUACACAUCAUGACUGUUGAGGUGAUUAAGGCUGAGGUUACCGUUUCGAAUCAAGAUGAGAAGGUGAAGGUUGUGGAGGAGGUUGGUGAUGUGAAGAAAGAUGUUGAGGUUAAGCCUGAGGCUGUGGAGAAGAGCUCUUCUUUUAAAGAGGAGAGUAACUUUGUGUCUGAUUUGAAGGAGAAUGAGAAGAAGGCCUUGACUGAUUUGAAGGCGAAGCUCGAGGAGGCGAUUCUUGGGAAUAGUUUGUUUAAGAAGGAGGAGGUUAAGGUUGUGGAAGUUGUGGAGGAGGCAAAGGUGGAAGAAGAGGAGAAGAAGGAUGAGGAGAAAAUUGAGUGUGUGAAAGAGGAAGUUGAGGAGAAAGUGGAGGAGAAGGAGGGUGAGAAAGUUGAGGAGAAGGCUCAAGAGGAAGGGGAGGGAUCGAAAAAGGCUGUGGAGAAGAAGGUUUUGAAUGAGUGGGGAUUGAAGAUCAAAGGGGCUUUUAAGGGGCACAAUUUGUUUAAGAAGAAGUCUAAGAAAGAAGUGGAAGAGAAGGAGAAGGCAGAGGAGAAAGAGUGUGAAGAAUCAAAGCCCGAGGGAGAAGCCGUAGUUGAGGGGAAAGUGGAAGAAGUGGUGGAAUUGGUUAAAACUGAAGAGUGUGAGGAGAAAAAAGCUGAAGCUGUUGUUGAGGAAGAAGCUGCUGAGGUGGUUAAAACUGAAGAAUGUGAGGAGAAAAAGGCUGAAGUUGUCGAGGAAGUAGCUGAGGUGGUUAAAACUGAAGAAUGCGAGGAGAAAGAGCCUGAAGCAGUCGUUGAGGAAGUAGCUGAGGUGGUCAAGGCUGAAGAAUGUGAGGAAGAGAAGAAAGUUGAGGAGGAGGUUGUUAUUGUUGAUAAGGAUAUCUCACUUUGGGGAGUUCCACUGUUGCCUAGUAAGGCUGAUGAGGGAACUGAUGUAGUUCUGUUGAAGUUCUUGAGGGCUAGGGACUUUAAGGUAAAUGAGGCCUUUGAGAUGCUCAAGAAGACCCUCGAGUGGAGGAAAGAAUGGAAGAUUGAUUCAAUCUUGGAUGAAGAUUUGGGCAGUGAUUUGUCAGCAGCCGCAUACAUGAGCGGUGUUGAUCGUGAAGGUCACCCCAUCUGUUACAACAUCUUUGGAGUGUUGAACGAUGAAGAGCUCUACCAAAAGACCUUUGGAAGUGAAGAGAAGCGCGAUUUUUUCUUGAGGUGGAGGUUCCAAUUGAUGGAGAGGGGUAUCCAGAAACUUGAGCUUAAGCCCUCUGGUGUGACUUCUCUGCUUCAGGUUACUGAUCUCAAAAAUUCCCCCGGACUAGCCAAGAAGGAGGUUCGCCUUGCUGUUAAGCAAGCUCUUGGGGUUCUCCAGGAUAACUACCCGGAGUUUGUGGCAAGAAAUAUACUAAUUAAUGUGCCUUUCUGGUACUAUGCCUUCCAUGCUGUCUUUUCUACUAAGCUAACCCAAAGAACCAAGAGCAAAGAAGUUUUUGCACGCCCUGCCAAGGUCACUGAGACCUUGAUCAAGUAUAUUCCUGUCGAGGAAAUUCCCAUCCAGUAUGGUGGACUCAAGAGAGAAAACGAUUAUGAGUUUUCAUCUGAAGAUGGUGUUGCUUCAGAGCUCAUCUUAAAGGCUUCAUCAACAGCAACAAUUGAAAUACCUGCACCACAGACCGGAACUACAUUCAUCUGGGACAUUACAGUUCUGGGCUGGGAUGUCAAAUACAAGGAGGAAUUCAUCCCCACAGAAGAAGGCUCAUACGACAUCAUUGUUCAAAAAGGAAAGACUCUGAGUGCGGCUGAAGGACCAGUUCGUAACACUUUCAGGAAUCCUGAAGCAGGGAAGAUUGUGCUUACUAUCGAGAACUGCUCAAGCAAGAAGAAGAAGGUGUUUUACAGACACAAGGUCAAGAAGUGUGCUAUAUAGAAACCAUAUUGAAACUAAAUUACAUAUACUUGUUCAUUUGAGAGGGAAAGUGGAUAUAAUGUGGAGAACUUUUUUAUUAGCAUACAUUUGAGGUUUGAUUGUGUUAGAAAAAUUCAUUCUUUUGGCAGAGGAACCAAUAAGUUGUGUAGAUUGAUUAUUUGAUUGGGGGUGAUAUGUGUGCAUUUCAGGAUCAAGUUCAUUUAUGAAAACUUUGUUAUUAUA